AUGAUUCAGUAUAAAGGAUUAAGCAGUAGUGCUAUUAUCAUUUUAUUAUACAUUAUUAUAUAUUCUAUUAUUAUUGCUAUACAUACGUUAUUAUACGUAGACGUAGCGCAAACGGAACAAACAGAACCGUUGGAUUUAUCAAUAUCAAAAGUGAAAGAGGAAGGAAAUAAAUCGCAAGGCUUAUCAGUGAAAAGAGUGAGUGAUGAACGAAUUAAACCGCGACGACUUGUUCCAAUCGAAACACUGACGGAAGUAAUUGAACCAGAAAAAGAAAGCACAGGAAAGAAACGGCGUUGUGAUAUAUGUCAAAAGGAAAUAACACAUAUGAAAAAACAUGUGAUGACUCAUACUGGUAAAAAGCCGUAUAGUUGUCCAGUAUGCAAGAGAAAUUUCACUCAAUUCGGGCAUAAUCAAAAACAUAUGAUGACUCAUACUGGUGAAAAGCUGUACAGUUGUUCGAUAUGCAAAAAGAAUUUCAGUCGGUCCGACAGUAUGAAAGCACAUAUGGUGAUUCAUACCGGUGAAAAGCCUUACUGUUGUUCGAUAUGCAAAAAGAAUUUCAGUCGAUCCGACAGUAUGAAAGCACAUAUGGUGAUUCAUACCGGUGAGAAGCCGUACAGUUGUUCCAUAUGCAAAAAGAAUUUCGGUGAUCUCUGUAAUAUGAAAAGGCAUAUGACGACUCAUACUGGUGAAAAGCCGUACAGUUGUUCCAUAUGCAAAAAGAAUUUCACUCAGUCCAGCAGUAUGAAAGCACAUAUGGUGGUUCAUACUGGUGAGAAGUCGUACAGUUGUUCCAUAUGCAAAAAGAAUUUCACUCAGUCCAGCAGUAUGAAAGCACAUAUGGUGGUUCAUACUGGUGAGAAGCCGUACAGUUGUUCCAUAUGCAAAAAGAAUUUCGGUGAUCUCUGUAAUAUGAAAAGGCAUAUGACGACUCAUACUGGUGAAAAGCCGUACAGUUGUUCCAUAUGCAAAAAGAAUUUCACUCAGUCCAGCAGUAUGAAAGCACAUAUGGUGGUUCAUACUGGUGAGAAGUCGUACAGUUGUUCCAUAUGCAAAAAGAAUUUCACUCAGUCCAGCAGUAUGAAAGCACAUAUGGUGGUUCAUACUGGUGAGAAGCCUUACAGUUGUUCCAUAUGCAAAAAGAAUUUCACUCAGUCCAGCAGUAUGAAAGCACAUAUGGUGGUUCAUACUGGUGAAAAGCCGUACAGUUGUUCGAUGUGCAAAAAGAAUUUCACUCGGUCUGACAGUAUGAAAAAACAUAUGAUGAUUCAUACUGGUGAAAAACCGUAUAGUUGUCCGAUAUGCAGGAAAGGUUUCAUGCAUAAACACCAUUUGCAGACUCACAUGGUAGCGCAAACGGAACAAACAGAACCGUUGGAUUUAUCAAUAUCAAAAGUGAAAGAGGAAGGAAAUAAAUCGCAAGGCUUAUCAGUGAAAAGAGUGAGUGAUGAACGAAUUAAACCGCGACGACUUGUUCCAAUCGAAACACUGACGGAAGUAAUUGAACCAGAAAAAGAAAGCACAGGAAAGAAACGGCGUUGUGAUAUAUGUCAAAAGGAAAUAACACAUAUGAAAAAACAUGUGAUGACUCAUACCGGUGAAAAGCCGUAUAGUUGUCCAGUAUGCAAGAGAAAUUUCACUCAAUUCGGGCAUAAUCAAAAACAUAUGAUGACUCAUACUGGUGAAAAGCUGUACAGUUGUUCGAUAUGCAAAAAGAAUUUCAGUCGGUCCGACAGUAUGAAAGUACAUAUGGUGAUUCAUACCGGUGAAAAGCCUUACUGUUGUUCGAUAUGCAAAAAGAAUUUCAGUCGAUCCGACAGUAUGAAAGCACAUAUGGUGAUUCAUACCGGUGAGAAGCCGUACAGUUGUUCGAUAUGCAAAAAGAAUUUCACUCAGUCCAGCAGUAUGAAAGCACAUAUGGUGGUUCAUACCGGUGAGAAGCCGUACAGUUGUUCGAUAUGCAAAAAGAAUUUCGGUGAUCUCCAUAAUAUGAAAAGACAUAUGACGACUCAUGCUGGUGAAAAGCCGUACAGUUGUUCGAUAUGCAGAAAAGACGGAGAUGUCUCUGGCGAAAGCGAUAUAAUUCAGAAUAUUGCACAAUUUGACUGUUUCAAAGUAGAUACGACAAUUCAACUGAAACAUAAAAAUAUCACAUACGUAUGGAAAGCUUUAUUGGUUGCAUGUGGCUAG